AUGGAAGGGAAUAAUAACAAUAACAAUAAUAAUAAUAAUAAUAAUAGUACCGAUAAUAAUAACAAUAACAAUAAUAAUACAAAUGACUAUAGUAACAAUGGUAUAACUAUAGCAGCCAAUUUAAAAGGCAAUGGUUUCAAAUUAACUCAAAGAACAAACUAUAGUGAUCUUAAAAAGACAUUAGAUGACAAAAGAGUGACAGCCUUUACAUUGAAUACACUCUUUCAAAAGUAUUCACAAGUAUUUACCAAAGCUAAAUUCAUAGAGAACUUUCCUGCUCCUCCAUCAUUGUAUUGUAAUUUUCAUAAAGAGGAUAGUGUUCAAUCUUAUUUUGUAUUUUGUGAGCAAUGUUUAACUGUCAUUGAGAAUUAUUGCUUAUAUUCUCAUCAACAUUUGGAUGACCAUAACUUUACAGUGUAUGUAAGUGAGGGUGGUCUAUGCGAUUGUGGAAAUGAAAAUGUAAUGAGUAGAGGAGGAUUCUGUUCGAAUCAUUCGAUAGAGGGAAGGGCAGAGAGAUCACGACACGUUAAUCCAUUGGGCGAUCAUUUGGAAUCAUCUAUUCGGUUGUUUGUCAGACACUUGAUGCGAUAUCUCAAAGACACGAUAUGUGUCAGUGGCAUGACCGAGUCAAAGUUGGCUGCUGACGAUAACAAAACAGCAUCGAUCGAAGCCAUCUGCCACUACCUCAUCGAUAUGACAUCAGAGGCAUCCCACAUGCUUCGUAUAGUUUGCGAAGAGUUGAUUGGCACUGAUCUCAGUCCACUCGAAAAGAUUUCAUCGACUGUUGAAACCACUGAGCAGUGGAUCAACCAAGCUCGAAAACUCAAGGCAUUACCCUCACUUGCCCAAUCCUCUUUUCUUCCACUAUACUUUGACAAAAACUCGCCACUCAAUCUAAUGAAUGCAGUUGUGCCAAACUACUCUUUUGGGUUGUUUGCUCUAUACCCUUUACUCCUCCAUCUCGCAAGUUCUAGCAGACCUUUUAGAUACACUCUAAUGUGUUAUUCAGUACGUUCAUACUAUCAAACCAAUAUAGAUCAUUUCUUAAAACCUCCCAUUGGAAUUGUAAAUAUUUUCUCAAAUUGUUUUAUUGGAGAUUUAUUCCUUUUACAAGCUGUAAUAUUGUCAGAUUUUAAUCCAUUCAUUUCAAAACCAAAUACUCAUUUAUUAAUUGAAAUCAUGCGUUUAAAUAUUGAAUUUAUAACAAGAAUGAAACCAAUUUAUUAUGAAUUUUCAUCAACCAAUGAAUUGUCAUUGACACCAACCGAUCUUUCACAUGUACCAAAGUUAUUAGAGAGUGAAAACAUUAUGAGCUUUGUUGUGAAUAAUGAUCAAGAUAGAGUAUUGACUCUAUUGUUUAAACAUUCGUUGGGAUUCCAUGAUCUGUCCUAUAUCGAAACUCCAAGUGGACAGAAUCUAUUUAGUGUCAAUCAUCAGGAAAAGACACUGUGCAAAAUCAUUCGUGAAUUUUUAAAAUAUCGGGGACCUGGACACGAAAGCAUUGGUGACAGAAUAUUCACUUUUCUAUGUCAGACUAUGGCCGAUAUUACCAUUGUGCCACUCGAAAGUCUCUCUUAUGACUAUCCACACUAUCCAGUCUACAAGAUGAUUGCUACCUUUUUAUUGGACCGUCCAAACUACUUGCAGCGAUUCAUUCAAGCUGCCGACAAGCAACAAUCGAUACAUGCACUACGAAUCAUAUUUAUGUUUCAUCUUCGUCAACUCAAUUAUGUUGGUACUCUAAAGAAUGGAACCGAUCUAUUCCAGGAACAACAACACCUACUCUCUCUAUUCAUGUUACAAGUUUUAAUGUUAAAAGUUGGUCCAAAAGUUUUUAUUGAUACUAUUUUUGAAUGUAGACCACUUGUUCUUAUUGAAUCAGGUUUAGUAUCAGCAAGAAUAUCAAAAGUAAUUAUAUCAACUUUACAACUGAGACCAACACUUGAACCAAAUGAGGAGGAUAUUAGAUACCAUUUCACACAAUGUAUUGGUAUAGGUCUCGAUAUUAUGGUGUUUCAAGGAAAGUUUAAAGAAUUUAUUUUUGAGAAUACGGCGCGAUCAAAGAUCAUCGAGGUGAUUACAAACGAUUUGUUGGAUGAAAAGAGACAAUUGAAAAAGGAGCAUUGGUGUUUACUCAAUCGAUACUAUCCGUUCCAUCUGACAGCCAACCAAGACCACAAGUUCAAAUACGAGUUGGUCGAGGGAGGUGACAGUUGUCCGCCACCACUCCCCAAGCUCGUUGCUCCAUUGGACGAGAUCAUGUCUGUUCUCGACCACCCCCAUCUUAUGGAUCUAGUACGUCAACUGUUGGUUGAAAAGCACAAGGGCUGCUUGGUCAUGGAGGGCUGGAGAAAUCCUCGUCCACAGGAAUACGCCUAUGUCAUCAACGACUGUCUCUAUCUGAUUGCCGUCAUCCUCAAAGGCUAUCAAGAAUACAGACUACCCAAAUUAAACGAAACCUAUAGACAAAUGCUCAGAGAGGAAAUCGCCAAUGGAUUGGCUGGAAAACAUGCAAACUUUAAUAAUAGUGUCGACUGUCUGCUUAGUAUCACAUCCAAAGUCAAGAUCAUCAACCAAAAUGGUUUUGAACCUUCCUUUGAACCAGACUCUUUUUCAAUUUUAGAUGUAUUGAUCAGUCGUUGGAAGUCGACCAAGGACACUGUCAACCAAGAGUUUAUACCUCUUCUCAAACACAUCUUUAGCACCCUCGUUGAAAUCGACGCUCAAUUCAAACAACAUCUCGAUUCAUUGGGUAUCAUCGUAGACUCUUCUGCCGAAGAAGAUCAAAAGAAAUUACAAGAUCACAAGAAAUCAGUAUCGGACAAGAGAAAACAAUUAAUGGAGAAAAUGAAAUUACAACAACAAGUAUUUAAAAAUAAUAUAUUUUCAGAUGAUGAAGAUGAAAAGGAAAAGUCAUCUCCUUCAUCACCAUCAUCACCACCACUACUACGACAACAACAACAACAACAAGAUCAAGAUCAAUCACAACAAGUGGAAAAUGUGGAAAUGAUCAAUGUAGAAAAAGAAGAAGAGGAAGAAGAAAAUGAAGAAGAAAAGAAAGAAGAGGAGGAAGAUGAAGACAAGGAUAGAAAAUGUGUAGUUUGUGAUUGUAGAGGAACAGAGGAUUUAAUGUUGAUUGGAAAUUUAGGACUUCAUCCACAUGUAUUAGUGGCAAGAGAAAACCAUCAAAGGGAACUCAAUGCAACAUUGCCUGCUCCACUACUCGCCAAAUACCUUUCCUAUGUCUCGACACAAGAAACCAAGACAACAGACAGGAUUACUCUGUUCAACUCACGUCUCCACCAAAAAUACUAUAUCACUUCGUGUGGACAUUUUGGCCAUCGAAACUGCAUUGAAAGUCUCUAUGAAACAUACUCGAGUGGGUUCAAAUGCCCAUUGUGCAACAGCAACUCGAAUAUGAUGUGUCCUAGAAAGGAUUUAACUGUCCUCUUUGAAAACGUUGCCAAUGCAGAAGAGUUGAUGGGCAGCGAACUCUUGACCACCAUCAUAUCAAGUUCCGACUUUAUGUUGUACUUUUGGAAGGUCGUCUUUCAAAAUGCUCGUGCCCUCGAAAUCAAGAGUCGUCGCUACACCAACUUUAACAAAGAUCCCAACGAAAAGGGAUACUUUUGUAUGCAGCAGUCAGGUUUUGACAAGGAGUACUAUCUCUUGUCGGUGCUCUUUGAAAACCUGAGUCUUGCUAGAGCACGAACCCACGAAGACCAACAGAAAAUCAAUACAGACUUGAAGGGCCAUAUACUCAACCGAGCCGAUCCCCUUGUAGCCUAUGGACUCUACAAGUACAUCUAUGUAACCGACUCAGUACAAUGCCCCAUUCCAAUUCAAGAGCUACAGCGAAACAAGAUCAGGGAAUACUUGGUCGCCAACACUACACACUUUUACACUACCAUUGUAAUGGACCUUUUCUUUAAAAAUAAGGGACUCUCCUCUCCCACAGACACUGACUAUGAUAUCUUUAGAACUGAUGUCUCUGCACUUCGUAGUUUGAUCGAUGGCUCAAACGAACAAGCCAAUCUCGAGAGAUUCCGAGAAUACCUAUUACCAUACUUUAGAGAGUUGUAUCUUUUAGACUCAUUUUUUGAUAAUUUCGCCAAUGGAAAACGUAUUUCCAUCCAAUCACCCAAUCAUUGUCGCCUCGACUUGAACGACUUUGACUCUAUCGAUUUCCUCUACACCCAUCUCACCAAAAAGGCCGAUAUCCCACUUCCAUCCAUGUGUGAACUCAAAGAAGCCAUCAUCGAACAAAUAUUCAUGCCAAUUCGUUCACUCUAUUAUUUCCCGACCCCAACUUAUACCAAUCCAAUUAAAUUUAUUGAUUUCCCAACUAAAUAUAUUGAAAUGAUUAAAAAAUAUGUUUAUCCUGAUACACAUUAUUGUGUACAAUGCAAGAAUGUAUUGAAUGCAGUUUGUUUAAGUUGUGGAAAACAAUUGUGUUGUUUACAUACAUGUCCAUUAAAUGUACGAAAACAUAUGGAAGGAUGUUCUGGAUCAGUUGGAGCAUUUAUAAUGGCCGAGAAACCAAUGGCCUAUGUACUCACAAGCACAAACUCUUACACAAUCCAACUAUUUAAAGGACCCGAUGGUAUUGCCAAUCCAGCACCCAACACAAACUUUGUAGUCGAUUUGGCCGAACUUAAAAGAUUGUUCAUUCAUUACAUUAAUCUCACCAAUUCAACUGAUAAGUUUAAUGUUUAUUAA